AUUGCGAGAGUUCCCUAUAAAAACAGCGAUUGCGAAGUCUGUUGCAUGUGAGCCUCUAUCCAGUGCUGUGUUGAGCGCUGAUAACACCUGUGUUCAUUUUCUGUAGUACCACCACGGAAAGAUCUCACUGAAGGAACUCUUGUCUAUGGUUCAUACUGAAGCUUCCAAGAUGUCUCGAACCGACGAGGUGCACCGUAUAACGGAAAACGUCUACAAGUCCAUCAUGGAGCAGUUCAACCCCUGCCUGAGGAACUUCGUGGCCAUGGGGAAGAGCUACGAGAAGGCCCUGUCCAGUGUGACAUUUGCUGCAAAGGGCUACUUCGAGGCUCUGGUGCGGAUGGGCGAGAUGGCCAGCGAAAGUCAAGGCUCUAAGGAUCUUGGGGAUGUGCUGUUUCAGAUGGCUGAGGUCCACAGGCAGAUCCAGAUGCAGCUUGAAGACAUGCUCAAGUCCUUCCACAAUGAGCUGCUGACUGAGCUGGAGAAGAAAGUGGAGUUGGACGCCCGCUAUCUGAACGCGGCGCUGAAGAAGUACCAGACGGAGCACAAGAGCAAAGGGGAGAGUCUGGAGAAGUGCCAGGCAGAACUGAAGAAGCUGCGCAGGAGGAGCCAGGGCAGCAAGAACCCUGCCAAGUACGGAGACAAGGAGACGCAGUAUGUGGAGGCCAUCAGCGGUAAACAGAGCGAGCUGGACAGCUGCAUCUCGGAGGGCUACAAGGCGGCGCUCUCUGAGGAGAGGAGGAGGUACUGCUUCCUGGUGGACCGCCAGUGCGCCGUGGCCAAGAACAGCAGCGCCUACCACAGCAAGGGUAAAGACAUGUUGGCCCAGAAGAUCCCCAUGUGGCAGCAGGCCUGUGCUGACCCCACCAAGCUCCCUGACCGCGCCAUGUUCCUGGCCCACCAGAUGACCGCCUCGGGGGGCACCCACCACCCCUCCAAGGGCAACCUGGUGAUCUCGGAGCCCAUCCCCGGGGCCAAGCCCCUCCCUGUGCCCCCAGAGCUGGCAGCACUCAUGGCAGGUGGUCAACAGAGGCUGAUGGGAGCAGGGGAGGGGAUGCUGAACGGAACGACCAACGCCCACGGAGGAGAGGACUACCAGCGCUGGAUGGAGGGCAAGCGUGUCCAGGCCAGAGACUCUCCUCAGCCUCACAGGCAGGGCAGCGAGGUCUACUCCAACACCCUCCCUGUCCGCAAGGCUGCCCCGGUCAAGAGCAAGACCGCCCUGGCUGAGAACCGCACCCUGCCCAGGUCCAGCUCCAUGGCUGCUGGGCUGGAGAGGAACGGCCGCACCCGUGUCCAGGCCAUCUUCUCUCACGCUGCUGGCGACAACAGCACCCUGCUGAGCUUCUCGGAGGGCGACGUCAUCACCCUGCUGGUGCCCGAGGCCCGUGACGGCUGGCACUACGGCGAGAACGACAGGAACAGGAUGCGCGGCUGGUUCCCCUUCUCGUACACCCGGGUGAUCCCUGAAAGCAACGGGGACAAACUCAGGGUCAACAACAGUCUCCAGCUGGGGAAGAGCAGCAGCACAGGGAACCUCCUGGACAGAGAGGACACAGCUCUGGCCAGCCAGGAGUACGCCAUGUCCUCUCGCCUUCUGGCACAGGGCGCCAUGGCAACGCACAGCCGCCAGCAGCGGCCCUACAGCGUGGCCGUGCCGGGGUUCCCACAGCAAAGACAUGAAGAGUAUGAGGGCCACUUCCCCACAAGUAUGGGGCCUGAGUUUGCCCGCUUUUGAGUGAACAGGACCCUUUUGACCCUGCGGAGGAGGACCAGCCCCAGCCUGUUGCAGCAGAUGACCAGCCUCCCCUUCUCAGUUAGAGGCCCAGCCUUCCCUCCCCAGUUAGAGGCCCAGUCUACCCUCCUCAGUUAGAGGCCCAGUCUACCCUCCUCAGUUAGAGGCCCAGCCUUCCCUCCCCAGUUAGAGGCCCAGCCUCCCCUUCUCAUUUGGUCAAAAAGUGUGAAUGUUGGAGUAACUAAGAUGACAAUGGGUUGUACAAUAGAUACAUAAAUAACAUUUCAUUUGUGAGGUAAAUGUUUUUCAGUGUUAUUUUGACAUUUGAAAGUGUUCAUGGAUCAUGUACUGUAAAAAGUAGGCCUACCAAAACAAGGCAACAUAAAAUGGGAUUUGUAACAAGAUUUUCCAGAUGUAUUUUCUGCCAUGUACUAGAAUCUCAUUAAGAAUGUAUUUGUAUAUAGCCUAAACAAAAUCACAAAGUAGAGACAAAUAUCACAAAUAACGAUUAAACUAGAGGGUACAAAUUGUAAAGUGUGCUUGCAGCCGCCGCAACGGGGCAGUGUAUUGAACUAUAGGCUAUCACCUCCACACCUAUUGUUUCAAUUAAUGUCCAUAAUGUUCAAAUAUUUGGAGACACCAGUUUCCAUCGGGUGUAGGCCACCUAUAUUUUCACGUUACUAUACUAAAGGACAAACACAACUGACACUACUGUAUCUGUAAAAAACAAACAAUAAAUGAAUAA